AUGACUUUUGUCAUCCUACAUAUUAGAUGGAUGACAUAAUUUACUACAUUGGAUGGAAGACUUUAGGCAGAAGAGAUCUUAAGAUAAAACCUAUAUCCUGCCCUAUUAUGUCUGGACCUACUUCUGGUUCAAAUAAGUGUGAAGAAUUCUUUUAAUGGAUCAGUCAGAAUAAGAUGGAGUGUUGGGUCAGCUGAAGUUUUCCACUAUUUUGUCAUUAAAGCUCCAAGAAUAAUGUUUUGUUCAGCCUUUACCUGGCUCUGCAAUUAUCUAAACCAUUAUGCCUCCUUCAUUUUUGUUUAAAGCUUAUUAUUGAUUAAAACCACAAUAAGACUCUUUGCGAUUUAAACUGAUCCUAAUAUAUAAUAAUAUUUUUGUAUUCCUUUGGGUGUCGUUUAUAUCUGCAUGAUGGUCAUGAAUAAAAUCGCAGUAAAAUAUCUACUAAAGGAUAUUGUUGUUGAAAUUAUACCAAUAUGGAAAGAUUUUAUUCAUUGGAUUGUAAGUUGA